AUGGCGAGUUAUGCUGCAGACAACAAAAUAUUGAAACAGAGUUUGCAGACUGCUAUUGAAGUUGUUCGCAAUUUACUUGAAUGUUUGCAACAGCGAGAAAUGUCAACUACAGAUACUCUAAUGGAAAAUGCCGCAGUGAAUAAUAAUAUUAAUACAUUUUCGAUCAAUGCUGCAGAUGAUGAACGUAUGAAAACGUUAACAAACACACUUCAACGUAUAUUUUAUGAUUGUCUAUCUACAAUACCUGAAAAUUACCGACAAUAUAUAUUCAAUUUAUUAUUUGAAUAUCAUUAUGAUUGUCAGGAAUUAAUAUUUAAGGAAAAUCUUACCAUGAAUAGCCUUCAUGCAUUUCUGAAUGAUCUUGAAGCUAUGCGAGAUUCCAUCGAUGCUUUUGAAGCUGCAUGGAACGGAGAGACACUUGUUGUACGAGAGUUUAUCAGUAAGUAUCCACAAUUCAAGGACAAGCCUGGUCUUUGGGGUACAACAUUAUUGUAUUCAGCAGCCCGUAAUAAUCAUAUAGAACUGAUCGAAUACCUCAUCACAGAAGCUGAUUGCUCUGUAGAUGCUCAGAAUCAGCAACAUUUUGAGAGAGCUUUAGGUGUUGAAACAAUUAUAGCACCAGAUUAUCAAGUGAAUCCAGUUGCUGGAUCAACUUCUUUGCAUGGAGCCUGCUUCCAUGGACAUUUAGCCGUUGUGAAAUAUUUAGUUGAACAUGGUGCUGAUUAUUACAUUAAAAAUCAAGCAGAAGAAACGCCAAUAAUGAAUAUAGAACACCAUGCAGACAUUAGAGAAUAUUUUGAAAGUAGAAUCAAUAAUAGUUAUUCGGAACGACAAGAUACGCUACCCGAACUACCUAUUGUUGAAGGUGGCAUGAAGUUGAAAGAAGACUGUAUCUGGGAGUAUAAACCGCUUUCUGAAAACAACUGGUAUCCUUUCGAAUCUAAUGAAUCGAGAGAAUUAAAUAAGUCACUUAUAGUGGAAUCAGAUCAACAAUUUAAACACGAAGUUUAUUUAAAUAUAUCUUCAAUUGUUUACACAGUUUCACUCAGUCAAUUUCUACGAUAUGCAGGAAAUAAAGAGAAAAAUGAGGAUUUAGCAUGGAUUCGAUGUCGUGGUUCUUCAAUUUUAAACUUUGAUUGUUAUGCUUUAUGGCAAAUCCUCCUGACCAAGCAUCCACAAUCAAAUGUGACAAGUGUACCAUGCCUAAAAGUUUUUGAUCUUCCAACAAUGGAUGAUCUGUCAUUCCAGAUUCAACUCAAUACUUGGUAUAAUUGUGAUGCACAAACAAACUCACUAUUAGACAAAGCUAUGAACAAUCGACGAAGACGUAUAACAACAUCUAUUAAUUAUGUAAGCGAUGAUGAACUUGAAAUUGAUAUGAAGACAUUUUCAUUGGACAACAAGCAAGACACUAUUUCAGGCUUUAUACGAUGGAUACCAAAACUUGUAUUGACGAAUGAAGAUAAUAAAUAUGAAUUAAAAAAUAUUGAUAAUUUCCAAACACUGGCAAACUCAGAAUUGACACCACUUACUACACAUCGUCUAAAAAUGUCACAAGUAACGAGUGGCAGUUCAGUAGACCAAGAUGAAAUGUACAUAGAUAAUGGAAAUGAAAAUAGUGAUGAAUUACCAAGCAACCUCAAUCAAGAUGAAGCUCUGUCCAUUGAUGAGGAAGAACCAAAGAAUACUGGUCAAUCAUUUGGAAAUAAACAAGCAUCCCUUGAUACGAUAACAAAUAAUAAUGAGUCUUUUCGGUCAAUCAUAAAAGAAGUGACUGAAAAUGAAACUGAAGUCGAUGCCGACGAUUAUUUCACGGAUACGACACCUAAUACCGCUGCUUCACAGCAGCUACUGUCUCCUGUUGAAAUACCCAACUCUACAACAGAAUUGGAAAUAGAACAAAAAAAGCUUAAUGAAUUGCAAAAUGAAAAAGCAAAACUUGACGGUUCGAUCGAGCUAGAACAAAUCAAAUCAUUAAUUGGACAAUCCAUUUCGGGAAUAUUGACUUCUCCUUGGACUGAACUUCGAAUAACUACCAAUCAAUUCUUAGAGCAACAUCCAUUCACAAAUGAAAUUGAAGGUCUUAAAAAUAAAGCACUUGAAGAAUUUAUCGAACAGAAUAUUUCGUUUCAACGAUGGAAAUUCGAAAAAGCUCCUUCACAAGAAUCUGUCAGUAUUGUCAAACAAUUUAUUGACAAUAUUAAGACAACAUUGAGAUCAGAUCAAAUCCAUGAAGAUUGUGAAGUACAACAUUUCAAUAUGAUACCACAAUUGUUACAACAAAUCAUGAUCUAUUACUCUUGUUUUAAAGUACAACUACCAUUAUUUGAAUCGUCAGUAGAGCUAUUGGAUAAAAUCAAAAAUCAUACUAUCACCACGGUAGCAACAUCAACAGGAUCAGGAAAAUCCACCUUAUUACCAGCUCUACUCAUUGCAGAAGGAUAUGAUAAAGUUAUUGUGACUCAACCUCGUCGUUUACCGUGUAAAAUGAUUUCGAAGCGCGUCAAUGAGACGAUCGAAACAGAUACAGGUAAUACAUCACAUCAACUAUCUGGAUGGGCUGUAAGUGGUGAUGAGCACAAUCCAAACGCAAAAAUUCUCUAUUUAACAGACGGUCUGCUUAAAGAACGACUUUUAUAUGAUGAACAUUUUAUUACGAAUAAGAUUGAAGUAAACAAAUGGAUUGUAUUUUUCAUAGACGAAGUUCACGAGCGCUCAGUCAAUAUCGAUCUUUGCUUAGCAUUGUUAGCUCGACUAUUGACUAUGCAACCAGAUCUUGAAUGUAAAAUAAAACUUAUAAUCUCAUCAGCCACUCUGGAUGUAUCCGUACCAAGACUUUUUCGUCAAAUAUCAAAUUUAGAAUUUACUGAAUUUGACAUGCCACAAAUCCGUUCUCCGUAUCGUGUGAAAGAAAUCCCUCGUCCAGAUGAAAAUAUUUUGGAUAUUGUACAAGAAUUGUACAAAAAACGUCAACGAAACGAUCAAAUUCUAUGUUUUGUACAUUCUGUUACUGAAGUUCAUCAAUGUUGUCGUCUAUUGGCACAAUUAAGUCGUGGAACAAUCAUUGCUUAUCCAUUGAUUCAGUCUCAAUCGUCUUUGAUUCAAGAGGCAUAUAUUGAACAUGGAAGUGUAUUCUUUUCGACAACAGUCGCCGAAACUUCUUUAACAUUUCCAUCCUUAAAAUAUGUCGUCGAUACAGGCAUGGUAAAUAUACCUAUUUAUAACCCAGAAUCCAAGCGAACUAUCUUGGAACAAGUACGAGCAGCUGAAUCCACCAUGAAACAACGACUUGGUCGAUUGGGUAGAACAAGAUCUGGAGAAUAUCAUUAUUUGUAUACUUUCAGAGUAGAAGAUAAACGUUUUCCAGAACCUCAUAUACGUCUAUCGGAUUUGACAAAUAUUGAAUUUUCAUUGAGAAGAUCACCGAUUAAAGAUGGAUUGGAUUAUAUGCAACAAUUUUUGCCCGAUAAACUACAACAAAAAGCUAUUAAUGUGACAAUUGAAGAACUCAGAAAAAUGAGUAUAUUAGAAGCGGCUCCUAGCAAUCAAUUCACACAACAUGGGAAACUUCUCGCUAAACUACCUGAGUUCGGUUCAUUAGCCAUGGCAAAAGCAGUAUUAUCUGCUCUUCGAAAAUAUAAUUGUGGACAUGAUCUCAUUUGUCUGGCAUCUAUUCUAAGUGUUUUAAAUACAACAGCUGUGUUGAAAGAUAUACCACAGAAUAUGAAAAGUCCUGAUGGCGACUUCAUGACAUUAUUGAAUAUUAUGAAUACUGUUUUAUUAGCCAAAGAAUCUGUUCUAACUCAUAAAUUUAAUGUUCAAGUUGCUUGUCAGAAAAAAGGACUAGAGAAUGUUGCACACAUUAUUGGGCAAGCAAUGAAACGUUAUGAAAACUUGACAAAUUCAUUUAAGCUAUCCCAGGAGUAUCGUCAACAAGCCCAAGUUCGAUCGGGAAAGUGGAAAUUUAUAGCCAAGUCGUUAUUAGCCGGCUAUUCUGACAACGUGUUUGUUUCAAUGAAAGAACUACAUGAACGAACUCAUCGAUUUGCUAGAUAUAAAGAUACAAACGAUAUAGCUAUCUUAGAUCUUCAAUCAACUCUUACACGCCCAAUAAGUCAAGCGCCUGUCAGUGUCGUAUUAGCAAGAGAUAUUCGUUAUACAACGGCCAUUCGUUCAACAGCUAUUCUUUCAUUUGUCGGUGAAAUAAAACCUUCCUGGAUUGAAUACACAAUGCAACGUAACAUUGAAAUUAGUUUUGAGGAAGAAACUCAUUUGAAAAGCAAGAAUAUAUGGUCACGUUUGAAGUCGAUGUUUUCAAACUGGGUUGAUAAACUACGGAAUAAACCAAUUGUUUCAUUAAGUGGAAUGACAGGUACUGUUAUUAGCGAUGAAUUUCAUUUACGAAAACAAAUGGUGACUAUUAUGAAAUUUGAAUUGGAAAAUGACUGUAAACAAAAUACAACAACCUAUGAUAAUUUAUCCAAAAAUCUCGAAAGUGUUACAAAAAUGACGUAUAUAUUCAACCCAAUGAAAUGGCGUUGGAAAGCUCAGAAACAAGUUGAAAUAACAGUUAAUAAUAAUCCGGCUAGGAAAACUUGUGAAAUUGUACUCGAAGGCAGAGAUUCCGAAAAUCAAAAUGCAAAAAUGGAGUUCAAUUCGUUCUUGGGUUGGUUAGCACGGUGUGCUGUUAUUAGACAUCCAAAUGCAGGUGUUUUACCACGUCUUCUUCGUCCUCAAAUGCGUAAACUCUAUCCUAAUAUAGAAAAAAGAAUAGCUCGUAUAACUGAUAGUGAACGAACGAUGGUCGAUCUAUAUAAUGCUGUGAAAGGUACAGGUACAACCCGUGAAACACGUAUGGAAGUAGUAGCUUGGAUAGCUAUCUGCAAAUUUCACUGUAAAUUAGAAGGUGGUUUCGUUCGAGAUUGGGUUGUUGGUGAUUAUAUAUCGCGUCCAGCCGGUCUAAUAAAUAAUCCACACGAUUGGAUUGAAUAUAAAACAAAUUCCAAUGGGCAGAGGAUUCCGUAUAUGCAUAAAGAAGUCGUUCCAGCGGAUUUAGAUUGUCACCUACCUGUGCACGCUUAUUUUGAUAUUGAUAAAUUUCAAGAUGAGCUACACAAAUUCAAUAUUGUAUGCAAGGUGUUUAGAGAAGAUUGGAGAUAUGUAUUACUAAUAGAUGAAGAUAAAGAUGUACCAACCGGCCCAUUUACUAUGGAUCUAAUCGAACCACAUGUUGCCUUAACACAUGAUCGUAUCGAUUUCGAUGUUAGUAAUCUUUCAUUAGAAAAAGAUUAUCCACGUGAAAUAGGAAUGCGUAUUGAUAUAACACGAUCUCCAUAUUCAAUUGAAUUAGAAACUAUUGUUGAGAAUAUCAAAAACAAACGUUUUCAAAUCCUUCGUCCGAUUGAUAAAUAUGUUAAUGAACGGAUUCAGAAAAUGACUUUGCGUCAAUGGACACAGCAUGGAGAACCAAUGGAUUAUAUUCCACCACCCCAUCCAAAACAUUAUAGCGUUCUUGUUCCACUUCCAACUUCAUCAACUUUGUAUCAAGCAUUAUCACAAACGAUGAGAAAAAUCGGACCUAUACAAAUUCUAUCAAUUGAUGAAAUAAAAAAUCCUCUUUUGGAAGAUUCAUAUGAAGCAAUGAAAAAAAUCAUUGCAAAACAAUGUAAAACUCAAGGAUAUAAUCCAAACGAACAAAAACUUUUUCAUGGUACACAUGGUCCUGGAAUCAACGGUCACGGCGCAUAUUUUGCUGAUGAUCCUCGUAAAUCACACGAUUAUACAGAACCCAAAGGACCUAAUAAAGCACGAGUGAUGUUCUAUAAUAAAGUCACACUAGGAAUAAUAUCAACGCAGAAUGCACCUAAUAUGGCGUUGGCUUCAGCACCGCAAGGGUUUCAUUCCGUCAAAGGAACUGGAUUCAAAUAUGCUGAAUAUAUCGUCUAUCGUUAUGGACAAGCUUUACCAUACUUAAAGAUAACAUACAAAGGCUAA